ACAGUGCUUGCAUCAGCGUGGAGAGCACUCACCGGCAAAGUUACCAGCUACUUGUCAUCUUUAAGAGUAAAAGAAAAAAUUGUCAAUAAAGCCCCUGAACAGUUUUAUAGCAGAGGAGCGCCAACGACCAGAUGAAGCUGUUUGUAAGUGAAGGAAAUCCGCACUGCCUGAAGGUGUUAGCUGCGCUGGAAGUGACAGGAGUUCAGUGCGGUGUUGAGUAUAUCAACCACGAAGAGAAAGUGGUCCCUUUCCUAAGCCGUCCAACUCUGCCAGUCUUGCUCCUGCCAAACGGGCAACACCUUUUCAGCUCCAAUGCCAUUUGCAGAUACCUGUUUGAAUCAAAUGGACAAGAAUCCAGUGAACUUUGCAAUCAGUGGCUUGAAUGGGAGGCCACAGUUCUUCAGCCUGCACUGCUACAAGCGCUUCACAUGGCAGUGCUGCAGGGAAAAGGAUCAGAGGUGAUCCAGGUUCUUAAGGGUCCCUUAAACGUCUUGGACCAAAACUUAAGCAAGGGGAUCACGCCAUAUUUAACUGGGGAAUCUGUUUCACUUGCUGAUGUUGUUUUGUGGGCUGCACUGUACCCGGUUUUAUCUGACUCGUCACUCGCAUCGGGUGAGCAGAAGUCUGUGAAAACUUGGUUUGACCGUGUGGCAGCUAUGCACAGUUGUCAAUCCGCUGCCCAAAAAGUGCUGCAGGGAAAAGGCCUUCAGGCCAUGAAGAGCUUCAUGCAGAGGCAGCCUGCUCCUCAGAGCAGCCAGUGCAGAGACUCACAGCCAUGCAACAGCAACCCUGCUGAGAGUGAGGAAGGUGAGCGUUUUGUUUCAGAGGAGGAGAUGGAAGCAGCUUAUCUCACAUGGCGUAAAAGUUUAAACACCUGCUCUCCUGCAAUGGACACACAAAACCCCAUUUUGCCGCAAGAAGGCAAACGCAACAUCCUUGUAACCAGCGCCUUGCCAUAUGUCAACAACGUCCCCCACCUGGGUAAUAUCAUUGGCUGUGUUCUCAGUGCUGAUGUCUUCUCCAGGUACGGCCGUCUUCGGGCCUGGAAUCUAUUGUUUGUGUGCGGUACAGAUGAGUAUGGCACAGCUACGGAGAACAAGGCCAGAGAAGAGGGCCUGACACCUCAACAGAUCUGUGACAAGUACCAUGCUGUUCACUCCAGCAUCUACAAAUGGUUCCAGAUCAGUUUUGACUUUUUUGGCAGAACCACCACAAACAAGCAGACUGAGAUAGCUCAGGAUAUUUUCUGGCGGCUCCAUAAAAAUGGGUACCUUGUGGAAGACACAGUGGAGCAGUUACGCUGUGAAAACUGUCAGCGCUUCUUGGCUGACCGUUUUGUUGAAGGCACGUGUCCCCACUGCAGCUACCCAGAAGCUCGCGGUGAUCAGUGUGACAAAUGUGGGCGCCUCAUUAAUGCUGUGGAGCUCAGGGAACCUCAGUGCAAAGUCUGCAGGCAGACUCCAGUAAUCCGCUCCUCCAAACAUCUUUUCCUGGACCUGCCUAAGCUAGAAACUCAGUUGGAGCAGUGGCUUGAGAAGUCAACCAGCACUGGAGAUUGGACAGCAAAUGCCAAACAGAUUACUCGGUCCUGGCUAAGAGAUGGACUCAAACCUCGCUGUAUCACCAGGGACCUGCAUUGGGGGACACCGGUACCACACCCUGACUUUAAAGAGAAGGUGUUCUAUGUGUGGUUUGAUGCCCCCAUUGGUUAUCUGUCUAUUACCGCCAACUACACCGAUGAAUGGGAAAAGUGGUGGAAGAAUCCUCAUCAGGUGGAGUUGUACAACUUCAUGGCCAAAGACAACGUGCCAUUCCACAGUGUGGUGUUCCCCUGCUCUCUACUGGGAGCCCAGGACAACUACACUCUGGUCAAUCACCUUGUUGCCACUGAAUAUCUGAAUUAUGAGGACACAAAGUUUUCCAAGAGCCGUGGCGUUGGUGUCUUUGGAGACAUGGCAAAAGACACAGGUAUCCCAUCUGAUGUGUGGCGGUUCUAUCUUUUGUACGUGCGUCCAGAAGGACAAGAUUCAGCUUUCUCCUGGGCUGACAUGGCUUUGAAGAACAACUCUGAGUUGCUCAAUAACCUGGGAAACUUCAUCAACAGAGCUGGCAUGUUUGUUACCAAGUUCUUUGAGGGAUGUGUGCCUGCGAUGGAGCUACAGCAGGAAGAUAAGAAGCUCCUGGCUGUGGUGGGCUGGGAGCUGCAGCAGUACAUCCAGCUCAUGGACAAAGUCAAAAUUCGUGAUGCCCUUAAACACAUCCUGAACAUUUCUCGUCAUGGCAACCAGUACAUUCAGAUCAAUGAACCCUGGAAAAAGAUUAAGGGAGGAGACUCAGAAAGGCAGCGGGCUGGCACUGUGACGGGAGUUUCUGUGAAUAUCGCCUGCUUGCUGUCUGUAAUGCUCUUGCCUUAUAUGCCAGCAGUCAGCCAAACCAUCAGGGAUCAACUCAAUGCUCCUCAGUCCUGUAUCUAUACCAUGUUGCAGGGCACUGGUACCUUUGCUUGUGCUCUCAAUCCAGGCCACCGCAUUGGCAAUGUCAGUCCGUUAUUCCAGAAACUGGAGGCAGACCAGAUUGAAGCUUUGAAGAAGAGAUUUGGCGGACAGCAGACGACACUUCAGAGUGCUGCCAGCACUCAGCCUGCUGCUGUGCCUGCUCCCACUGUUGGUGUUGACGGGAUGACGGUGGUCGGAGUGGACCCGGAGAAAGCCAAGCAGCUCACAAAGGCUGUGGCUGAGCAGGGGGACAAGGUUCGCGCACUCAAAGCGCAGAAGGCAGAGAAAGACGUGAUCGCUGCUGAAGUGUCCAAACUCUUGGACCUCAAGAAACAACUGGCUCUUGCGGAGGGGAAGAACCCAGAGCCUGCAGCUCAAAAGGGCAAGAAGAAAUGAGACAGAUAAGCAAAAAACCCAAGGUUAGUCAGAGGAAGAAGAGCCUAGAAUGGGAACAAGAUGUACACCAAGAGACAGGGGUAUUAGCUUAAAGCAAAGCCAUGACAGGAUCUAAGACAAUGUGGUGUUGGCACAGAGGACUAAUGAAAUGCUGGAUAGGCCGACGGGGAAAUGAAAACACACAAAGACACAGUCAAAUGAAUACAGCUACAGAAUGAAGGGAUUUUUCCAAAUCCCUACACCAAAAGAAACUGAUUUUAUACUCUCCCUGUGAUCAAGUCAGCAUACGAUAUAAGCAUUGGAAGGUAUGUUGCACAUCUAAAGAAUUUUUUUAAUAUCCUCUGGAAAAUUGUUUCUUUUUUUUUUUGCUACAAAUACCCUUUUUGGAUCCAUAAAAUAAACUGAUUAAGUUCACCGGAAAAAAAA